GGUCUGCCUCAUCUUCAGCGUGCUGUCUACCAUCGAGCAGUAUGCCGCCCUGGCCACGGGGACCCUCUUCUGGAUGGAGAUCGUCCUGGUCGUGUUCUUUGGGACAGAGUACGUGGUCCGCCUCUGGUCGGCCGGCUGCCGCAGCAAGUACGUGGGCGUCUGGGGGCGGCUGCGCUUCGCCCGGAAGCCCAUCUCCAUCAUCGACCUCAUCGUGGUCGUGGCCUCCAUGGUGGUCCUCUGCGUGGGCUCCAAAGGGCAGGUGUUCGCCACAUCGGCCAUCAGGGGCAUCCGCUUCCUCCAGAUCCUCCGGAUGCUGCACGUGGACCGCCAGGGAGGCACCUGGAGGCUCCUGGGCUCCGUGGUCUUCAUCCACCGCCAGGAGCUGGUGACCACCCUGUACAUCGGCUUCCUGGGCCUCAUCUUCUCCUCGUACUUCGUCUACCUGGCCGAGAAGGACGCGGUGAACGAGUCGGGCCGCGUCGAGUUUGGCAGCUACGCGGAUGCGCUGUGGUGGGGCGUGGUCACGGUCACCACCAUUGGCUACGGGGACAAAGUGCCCCAGACGUGGGUCGGGAAGACGAUCGCCUCCUGCUUCUCUGUCUUCGCCAUCUCCUUCUUCGCGCUCCCGGCGGGCAUUCUCGGCUCCGGGUUCGCCUUGAAGGUCCAGCAGAAGCAGAGGCAGAAGCACUUCAAUCGGCAGAUCCCAGCGGCGGCCUCGCUCAUUCAGACCGCAUGGAGGUGCUACGCUGCCGAGAGCCCCGACUCCUCCACCUGGAAGAUCUAUGUCCGCAAGCCUUCCCGGAGCCCCGCCCUGCUGUCCCCCAGCCCCAAGCCCAAGAAGUCUGUCAUGGUCAAGAAAAAAAAGUUCAAACUGGACAAGGACAACGGGGUGAGCCCCGGAGAGAAGAUGCUCACUGUGCCCCACAUCACGUGUGACCCCCCGGAAGAGCGGAGGCCAGACCACUUCUCUGUCGACGGCUACGACAGUUCUGUGAGGAAGAGCCCCACGCUGCUGGAGGUGACCGCAGCCCACUUCAUGAGAACCAACAGCUUCACCGAGGACCUGGACCUGGAAGGGGAGACGCUGCUGGCACCAAUCACCCACGUCUCGCAGCUGCGGGAACACCACCGGGCCGCCAUCAGGGUCAUCCGACGCAUGCAGUACUUUGUGGCCAAGAGGAAGUUCCAGCAAGCGCGGAAGCCCUAUGACGUGCGGGACGUCAUCGAGCAGUACUCCCAGGGCCACCUCAACCUCAUGGUGCGCAUCAAGGAGCUGCAGAGAAGGCUGGACCAAUCCAUCGGGAAGCCCUCGCUGUUCAUCCCCGCGUCAGAAAAGACCAAGGACCGCGGCAGCAACACGAUCGGCGCCCGCCUGAACCGGGUGGAAGACAAGGUGACGCAGCUGGACCAGAGGCUGGUGCUCAUCACGGACAUGCUUCACCAGCUGCUCUCCCUGCACCGCGGCGGCUCCCCGGGCGGAGCCCCAGCAGUCCAGCCUGGUGGCGGCGGUGGCAGCGGCGACGCCACCAUCAACCCCGAGCUCUUCCUGCCCAUGGCUCCCUCCCGACCUACGAGCAGCUGACUGUGCCCCAGAGGGGCCCCGAUGAGGGGUCCUGAUGGGGCUUGGCGGGGCUGGGAGGGGAGGCCCUCUCGGCAGGGGCACCCACCUGUCCACAGCCACCUCCAGGAGGGCCCAGAGAGAACAGCCCCACUGUCCAGGGCCCCGGACCCCCGCGGCCACGCUGUCUGGCACAGCCUGAGCUUGGGGGUCCACGAAGGCCACCUCUUCCUGGCUGCGGGGUACUAGAAGUUGGCUGGGUGGGGUGUCCCUCUCAGCUCUGAGCUGUCACCCCUAGCACCCAGUCCCCACAUCCUGAGGAUGACAUGGCUUGCAUGGUGGUCGGGACACAGUGGGGGCGUCAGGGUGGCCCCCCAGGGCCCAGCAUCCAGGGUGCCCAGCCCAGCCCGUGUCUGGCCAGGAAGCAGCACAGGCUGAGAGCAGGCACACCCUGCGGGCCCCGGGGCUUCCGAGGGUGACACAGGGACAGGGGCUGUCCUCGAAUCCAGGCCCAGCCCAAGCCGACUAAAGGGCGGCUACGAUGAAUGUCCGGGAGCCGCUCAGAGGGCCCUGGCUCCCUGCUCUCGAGAGACGCUGACCCAUGAGCAGGGGACUGCGGGGCUGCCCCUGAGGCCACAGGUCCCAGUGAGGGACAGGCACCGCUGCCCCCGGGCACGUCAGAGUGAAGGGUGUCCACCUCCCCUGCCUUGGACUGGCAGCUCCUCCCACCAUCUGGAAAGAAGGGUCCCCGGGCCCCGUAAGUGUGCAGCCCCGGCUCCAGUUCCUCGUCCGAGCAGCUGGACAGACAUGGAGGGACACCGUGUCCCCCACCCCAGCCAGCUGCCGAUGUGCAGAGGAGUCACGGUGUAUACGCAGAACAGGGGUUCCUUCUGGGCAUCAUGUCUCAUAGAAACAGUAAUUUGCGGUGAUUUGGAAUCUGUGUUUUAGGGAGUUUCACGGUGUGAUUUUGGUUCUUAAUCGUACAGUCUUUUCCUAAUAAACACGGAGAAUCACA